ACAGGAGAACAACUGGGCUUCCGAAUCAACUUGAAUAAUCAGUUGAAAAAUCACAAUGUCACAAUGACUCGCAUCGCCGGUUUGCUUGGGAGCGGCGCUUCAGAGCUCCUCAACAAAUGUUUGUAUUAUUUUGUUAUCGGCAGCAACGAUUACAUAAACAACUACUUUGUGCCUGAGUAUUAUCCGACAAGCAGUAUGUAUACGCCGGAGCAAUAUGCUACUGUUUUGGUUCAACAGUACUCUCAACAACUCAAGACACUGUACGAUUUUGGAGCAAGAAAAGUAGCUGUUAAUGGAAUUGGUCCGGUGGGGUGCGCCCCGGCAGAGCUGGCCAGGGGGACUAAUGGAUCUGCUUGUGUGGACUGGAUGAACAAGGCAGUGCAGUUGUUCAAUGACAAGCUGAAGCAUCUUGUGAACGACUUCAAUACCAAUAUUAAAGAUGCAAAAUUUGUCUACCUCGACGCCAUGGAUUUGAGGCCUACGCAAUUGAUAGCUCUUGGUAUUCGAUUUUUGAGCAAACCAUGCUGCAACGUAUCGAACAUCACCGGGCUGUGCAUCCCUGGAGAAACACCAUGCCCCAUCAGGGCCCUGCAUGCGUUCUACGACGGUUUCCACCCAUCGGAGAUUGUUAACAGGGUUGUCGCCGUUGCUUCAUACAUUGAACUACUCAAAUUAUUGAUUAAUCAAUUCGAACAUUCUUUCCUUAGAAUGGUUUUCGCAGUUAGAACAAAUGAAGUGGUUGCAUUGUUCCUUGUGGUCUACAUAAACCUGCAGCCAUCGGCACUGAGUACCGCACCUCAAGUCCCUUGCUUCUUCAUCUUUGGGGACUCAAUAGUCGAUAACGGUAACAACAAUCAGCUUAAGACAACGACCAAGGUUAAUUAUCCGCCUUACGGUAUUGAUUUCCCCGACGGGCCGACCGGAAGGUUCACUAACGGUCCAAAUCCAGCUGAUUUUCUUGCUGAUCUUCUGGGCUUCAAAUCUGCUGUUCCAUCCUUUGCAACGGCAAAAGGGAGAGAAAUAAUCAAAGGUGUGAAUUAUGCAUCUGGAUCGGCAGGAAUCCGUAAUGAAACUGGAAAGCAACUGGGGCAUCGAAUCAGCAUGAACGAACAACUGCUACAUCACAACGUCACCGUUUCGCGCAUCGCUCGUCUGCUGGGGCACACGCCGUCGCGCAAAGACCACCUCAGCAAAUGUCUCUACUAUUUCGUUGUCGGCAGCAACGACUACAUGAACAACUACUUCAAGCCUGAGUACUACUCCACGAGCAAAAAGUACUCCACCGAGGAGUAUGCUGCAGUUUUAAUUCGAGAGUACUCCCAGCAGCUCAAGAAAUUGUAUAGUUUUGGGGCGAGAAAAGUAGCUGUGACCGGACUUUCUGCAAUAGGGUGCGUACCGGCGGAGUUGGCGAGGGGCACCAAUGGGUCUCUUUGUGUGGACGCGAUAAACGAUGCGGCUGUAUUGUUCAAUCACAAGCUACAGGCCCUUGUACAAUCCCUAAAUAAUCAUCUCCCAGAUGCGCAAUUUAUCUACAUACCUGGCGUAGAGUUGUCGGAACACAUUCCCGUGCCGGGUAUUAAGUUUCUUCUCAAACCGUGUUGUGAGGUGGCGAAAACUACGGGGCUGUGCAUCCGCGGAAAAAAGCCAUGCCGGGACAGGGCAUUACACUUGUUCUUCGACAAUUUCCACCCGACGUCGAUUGUGUACAAGGCUACGGCAGCCGCUGCGUACGCUGAAAUACUGCAGUUAAUUCAAUGAUGGAUGGGCUAUGAGGGCAAGAGAAAGCCCCUUGUUGCUUUGAAUGCUUGUAGUGUAAUGAUCAUGCGUAUGAAAUCGCUAGAAAAAAGUAUAAUUUUUUGUUACGGACGUUAAUUGCUAUGGUCAAAAGAGAAAGACUUACAGCAAAUAUAAAUUAUUUUAAGUUUUGCAAUGAUCAUUAGCUGUUGUUUCUGCGAAUGUUUUAGCUACAUAUCGCUAAAAACCAUAGCGAAGAUUAAUUAGCCGUGAUAGAAAUUUAAAUUUUUACUUUGAUUUUGUUUAGUUGUGGUUAAUAAUAUUGAUUUGCCGCGA